UUCAUGAGUAUAAAAUCCUGUCCAUGUCCCGCCGUGGCAACACGGACCCCGGGAAUCCUGGCAGUGCCUUCCUCAGCCCUGGUGCUGCUUGCAUCCUCAUCCUCCCCUCCAGCUGGACCAAUGUCGGGCAUCAUGGAGCCACCAGCCAUGCUGGAGGAUGAGAGUGCUCCAGAGAACAGGAGAUCCAAGUACCUGAAGGUGGCUUUUCAUGCUCUCAUUUUUGUGUUGAUUAUUAUCUCAACCCUGGUCCCCAUCGGCUUCUGUUUGCUCUAUCAGCAGGCACCGGGGGCCUGCUGGGCACAUGGACAUUUGAACGAGUCUUCUUCACAAGACCGAACAGUUUUGAUCUGGGAGUGGAAAUUACAGCACUGCAAGGGGAUUGUGCAGGGCCAAGGGGAGUACCUCAUCAUCCAGGAGAGUGGCAGAUACUUCAUCUAUGCUCAGCUCUUCCGCAAGGAGCCCCAUAAGGCGCCUUUUUCAGUGAUGCUUUACGAAAAUAAAACAUCAACCCCGCUCAACAAUGCUGUGGGGGCUGUGAAUGGCACAGUCCACUUUGCAAGGCCCUUCCUCCUGAAGAAGGGAGACAAACUGUACUGUAAGAAAAACAAGGAGGACUACCACAAUCUGCUGGAGACUCAGACUUAUUGGGGCCUGUUUAAAAUGUAGCAGGACUGCUCCGAGUCAGCUCCUCCCUUAUUUCCUCCAGGAAACCUCAGGUCGUGGAUGAGGAAUCUGGAAUGUCUCUUUGGGUGAAAUUCAGCUUGCUGGAGUAAGCUCGUGUCCUGCAGUGACAGUGAACAGCAAACUUUGGUGGUGAUGGAU